UGAAACAGUUUGAUAUAUACAGCGUUUAAAAUGUUUUGUCUUAAACUGCUGUUUUGCUCUAUUUUGAUCUUUUCGCUGCAAAAAUACAGCUUCGCUAAAACCGGAAAGUGCCGAAAAGUUACAAGUGGAUUAUGCAAAGAUAUAAUCAGUUAUAAGUUCUCACUACCUACUCUGCUCAAGCACACCAAACGUCGUUCAGCAAAUAAGGCGAUCCGCAUGUUCGACCCAUUUAUCAAGAUGAAUUGCUCUCCUUAUCUUCGGCCAUUCUUGUGUACUGUUUUCUUUGCGCCUUGCAACCGUAAAGGAGCCAAGCUACCAUGCAGAUCAUUAUGUGAAGGUGCUAAGUCAGGAUGUGCUAACAUUAUGGAGAGGCUUGGAUUCGUUGUCCCAGAAGCUCUGUCAUGCGACAAAUUCCCGAAGCAAACUUCCACUUCUCAUUGCAUACAACCGGAAUCGUUUGAUUUGCUGCCCAUGAAAAAGCAGCAAUAACACUUUGAGCGCUUGCACAGUUUUCUCGCCUUCAUAGGCUACAUAUUGGCUUCUGUGGCAAUUCCUUUGUUUACCACAACAAGAAAAUUGGGUUGCGUAUUUCAUUUUCCUCGCAAAACAUUUAGCGCUGAAUGGAUGUGUAUAUACUGCGGAUACUUCAGCCUUUUGCUUGGGCGAUAUUUUAAUUUUUGGUGGCUUGCUGUGUCUCCCCGUAUGUUUCAUUUGUUUAGUGUGGUAUCGCGCUUAUCGGCGUUUCAAUUGACUUGCGGUUGCUUCAUGAUAACCUAAUCAUUUCCGUUUGUUAAAAAUGUAACAAUAUUUUCGACUGCUAAAAUAUGCUAUGCCCGUUUGGCAAGGUGUAGUUCAUUUACUGGUUUAACAAAGUGAUGUAAUAAACUCUCGCAAAUUUCGCAUGUACAUUUCUGCAAUUUAGAAUUAAAGGUACCAUUCGUAAAAUCUAAUUUAUACAUGUCAGCACAAACUCAUUUCUUGACUUUGUGGCGGCUGGUUUGAUCAACUCGCGUGAUGUGUUUUGCCUUUUUUUUUACGGCAAGAAAACUCAAUGCA